CUGCAGUGCGCGUGUUAAUAAGAUCGAAAAUUUGCUUUCAGGAUGAUGCCCUGGCUGCAGCUAAAGCGAUGCUCCAAGAAACUGGUGUCCAGACCUCAAGUAAACAUGAAAAGGAGGGAAGUGGCAAGCGGCGGUUGCGCACCCUGUGCGGAUUCGCCUUCAAGAACUGCAAUAAUUUCCCAGCACUUCCGCAGACACCAUAAGAUCUCAGAUCGCAGCCACGCAGUGACGUCAAGGACGAAAUGAGAAAUUCUCCCGCGUUUCUCGAAGAAGAAGAUCGAGAUUCCCGAGAAGCUGCAGUGCGAUCGGUGUGGGAGCUUCCGUCAAACACCUGCAGCGGCAUCUGAGACGGAAUCACGGCGUGACAGACCGUUCCGCUCGGAAGAUCAUGAAAGACGCCGCUGUGUCCAGUGCCAUGGAGUCGGAGCUUCUUGGCGGAGCAGUUGGCGACGAUGGAGAAGAUGCUCAAGACGGACCUGAUAUCAUCAGCCUCUUUGUCGCGUCCAAGCAGGGGUGGCGUUUAAAGCCAACCACGGCACGGCGACAGGAGCGGCAGCUCAGGGCUCUGUUCAGGGAGGUGUCGGACUCAAAGAGUCCCUCUGAUAUACUGCGGAACCACCUCGACGACGUGGAGCGACUUCUCCUCAAGAAAGUCCCCCACCAAACUGCUUCGGUGAAAUCGGCAGUCAUCGCCCUUUUGGAAUUCGAAAGGUUCGCCAGCGUACGUGAGCCAGAGCACGCUGUGCAGUGGGAUGCCGCCCGACGGCGCUUACAGACUUGGAAGCGCGAUGCAUCGUCUCUGGACCUACAUAGAGAGGCGCAACUCCAAGAUAAACUCGGAGAAGACGGUUACCUGCCCACCCGAGAACAGCUGAAUGAGCUACGGAAACUAGUUGAAGCCGAGCUCCCAAAGAUGUGCGCGAUGACUUCCGACAUUCGGCGGACGGACGCCGUAAAGAUGAGACGCCUUCUAACUUCUGCGAUCCUCCUUCAGAACUUCCAGAGGUCUGGGGUUAUCAAAAAUGCAAGACUGGACGAGUAUGCUAAAAUGAAGAACGAAGUUCUGCGAGUGAAGGACCACAAAAGCAACGCAACGUACGGAUCCGCGAACUUGGUCGUUCGCGGUCUGGUGAAACAUCUCGAGGUGUACGUCGAACACUUCAGGUCGUUCCUGGUAACAGAAGAUAAGGUGGACCUGCUGUUCCCCUCAUCGGACCCGGCGGACGACAUCGCCGAAGUCUGCCGUGGAUUCCAGGUAGACUUUAAGCUGACGCCUACGAUGAUCAGGAAGGCUGCCUCCACCGCCGCGUAUGACGACCUGACGGACAGCGAGCGCCGUAAACUGGCGGACCACAUGACACACAGGUCGGCUACGCAGUUCCGCGCCUACUCAGCAAAAAACAGGCGGGCGGAGGCGACCAAAACGGUGCAAAAGAUGAAGCAGGUGCUGUAUGGCUGUGAUGAGACGACAGACACAGAAGAUUCUGAGCCUCGUCCAGCUGCUGUGGCCUUCAGCUCAGAAGAGGUGGCAGUCUUGGAGAAGCAAGUGCGCAAGAUGAUCAGUGAUGGUACGUUUGUGUCUAGCAGGCUGGCACUUACUAUGAUGUCAAGGAACAGCCCUUUGUUUGACUCACGAUCACCUAAGUGCGUCGAGAACAAACUUAGGGCAAUGCUACAGAGUGCUCGUGAGAAGGGGCGGUGGGACCGGUAUGCUGAUGAGAGGGGAGGACGGUCGCGCAGGCGGUAGUUUCACGGACAGCCGUGUGGUACACACAGAAAAAUAUUAACACCGUUAGCGGUGUAAUUGCACAGUACAUAUCUGAGCACUUGAGGAAAGUUAAUUUAGUCCCUUCCCCGCUUAAAUUACUCGCGCUUCCAAAUGAACACCAGGAAGAAGGUAAUAGAACACUGUUAGGAGGGUUGGGUGUUUUGCUACAUGUAGUAAAACACCCAACCCUCCUAACAGUGUUCUAUUACCUUCUUCCUGGUGUUCAUUUGGAAGCGCGAGUAAUUUAAGCGGGGAAGGGACUAAAUUAACUUUCCUCAAGUGCUCAGAUAUGUACUGUGCAAUUACACCGCUAACGGUGUCAAUAUUUUUCUGUGUGUAAUCGCUCUGUUGUGAGGGGUGCCCCCGCAAUUUCAACCGUUCACAGCGUUUUUUUUUUCAAGUUCUGCUGCGACAGUCGUAUGGCAAUCGUUCUGUCAGUUGUGAGGUGUACCUUGUCCCCGCAAUCGGCAACCGUUCACAGCGUUUUUUUUUUCAAGUUCUACUGCGACAGUCGUAUGGCAAUCGUUCUGUCAGUUGUGAGGUGUACCUUGUCCCCGCAAUCGGCAACCGUUCACAGCGUGUUUUCAUAGUUCUGCUGCGACAGUCGUGUCGCAAUCGUUCUGUUGAGUGAACUCGCGAUCGUUCGCGUUCACACAGCGUUUUUCCAAAGUCGUUGGAAAAUACACUGCAUUAAGAUGA